AUGACAUUGCAGCCGUUUAGUGACGAGCAACUGAAUUUCUUUAAGUUCUCCUCGUUAGUAUUAAAUGAAUUUCCAAAAGCAUUGCGGCAGACCUUUAAAACCAUGUGGGACAACACCUAUGGAGGUCGCCCUGGUUUCCAGCUCUGGGACGAUUCAACUGCUGUGAGAAAUUUGUUUGCCACUACAGAUGGCGGCAGGACUAAAGUUCCUAUUCACCAGUCUUACAAUGACUGGGAUUGCACCAACCUGUUCCAGGCUACAAUAUUUGCGCAGUCUUUUGCCUCAUCAGCCAGCACAGGCUCCGUCACCAAACUCAGUGAUUUGUACGUGAAACCCCGUGCGCUACCUCAUGGUUGUUUCCACGCUUGUGUGCUCAGCCCGGGUGGAAACAAUCCAGAGACCUUUGCACUUGCCAUAGAUCAGCUUCGUCUUCUUAGGAAUUCAUUGUGUCACUCAACAAGUUCUGAGAUGGACAAACUGAGCUUUGACCAGCGCGUGAAAUACGCCAAAGAUGCGUUUAAAGCCCUUGGUGUCUCGACAGCCCAAAUCGACGCUGUUGGUACUUUGAAGGAGUCCGACUUUCCCACAAAUGAGGUUCGCAGAUUGGAAAUGGGACUAAUAGACGAGACUCGAGCGUACAUUAAAUUUCUAGAGGAAGUGAGUUUAGAUAUCAGUGAGAUAAAAGCGAUAUUGCACUCUAUAAAAGAGGCAAAGAAGAAAGACUCCGAACAUAUUGCUACAGGAGCACAAGCAGAGUACGCCACGAUUCUGGAGGGUGCAAGUUCAGAUAUCAAUGUUUUAAAGCAGAUGUGCGUGGAGAACACUGCCAGCAGUGGAGUUAUUGCCAGGUUGGAGGAAAGGAUAAAUGAGUUGAAAUCAGGACAAGAUGAACGUGAUGCACGAGCUGGAAAUUCAGGUAUGAAAUGACGGACUGAAACGAUAGCGGUAAAAGUUGAGCCACAUCGUGUAACGAUAACCUGUCUAGCCGGCGCUUGUAAGUAAUAUGGGCAAGAGAAAGAAAGGGGCGCCUUCUCUCUUGCGCUCAUAUUACUAAUUACAAGCGCCUGCUAUGCAGGCUCGUCUAACAACUUCCACGCAAAGGUCUAACCAUUUUCAGGGCAAGGGCGGCAUUUCUCUGUUAUUUUAAGCCCCCGAGUCAGACCUGCCCGGCCCUGGAGAUCGAACUUGCGACCUGUCGCUCUGCAGUCAAGCGCUCUACCGACUGAACUGGUCCUACCGCGGUUAAAUGCCACAAUAAUUGUACUUAAAAUGUUAUGAGCGUAGUGUUAUGUAAAAGGAAAUAUUUUGAUUAUCAAUAGGGAUUAAAACUUGAUCAGACACACUUGUCAUUUAUUUAUUUGAAAAGAAGUGGUUCCUAGCCUGCGCAGCUGGUGAUAUAAGUGCGCUUAAGUGCUACGUUUUAAGAUUCGAGUGCUUCGUUUGUCACGCUUUUCAGUACUUAAGACAAAAGAGUACUUGCGCGCGCUAAUCAAGACUGUAAGCCGGUAGAGUCGAGGCUUAGCAGGACUGGGGAAAGUAAACUACCAAAAAGGGAAUAGCCUCCUUCGCAGACGGUUCUGGGAUCAGAAAUGGAUGCCAAGGAUGCUGGCAGCCUAUAGCUCAUUCCAGCCAGUUACGCACCUUUGUUUAAGUCUUCAUCACUUAGCUUAUGGAUUAUGUUUUUCUUUCUUCCAAAAAAGACAUUUCUAACGGUGAUAGAUUCUAGAUUGAUCUUUAAUCCAAGUCGAUUUGUUUAUUUGUUUAGAUAUUUGCACUUAUCUUCUGAUUGGUCAGUCUACUUUCGUUUUUUUAAAGAUGUGAGGUCAUCGCUCCUUGGAGCUUCCCUUCCCUCAGUGGUUCCUAAUUUUACUGGGCGCCAGAGCGAGUGUGAAGAGAUCAUCGGACACGUGUCCUCCGAGUCUAUCCGACUGGUGUCAAUUUGGGGUACACCUGGAUUUGGAAAAACGUCGGUUGCGAUUGCGGUUGGACAUGCCCUCCAGUCUCAGGGAAUGCCUGUGUAUUGGGUCUCUCUAAGAGAAGUUCGUUCGAAAGCAGAUUUGGCUUCAAAAUUUCUUAGCCUUCUGAGGCAACCUACCACAAUAAAACAACCUUCUGGUCAGUGUCUAUCCAUCGAUGAAGAGGUCUGGCAACUUUUCAGCAGUGUUUCAAAUCCGUCUGCGUUUAUCCUUGAUAACUUCGAUGAUUGGUUAGAAAGCGGUUCGCCGAACGCAAAGGAAGAGGUCAUGCAACUUCUCGAGGAGAUUCUAAGGCAAAAUCAAAUGGUGACUUUCGUCGUGACCACAAGAGAGUCUCUUGAGUUUAUGGACCUGCAUUUUCAAGGUCAUAAGGGUUUAAGAAUAAGGCCAUUAGAUAAAGCCUCAGCUAAUACCAUAGUUUCUGAGUUGCUUCCAAAUGCAAGCACUGCAGACUGUACAAAAAUCGCACAAAUCUGCGGACAGGUUCCUUUAGCCAUAAAAUUAAUGUGUUCUUUGAUAUCUGAAGAUACUGCUCAACCACGCCAGAUUAUAGAUGACCUCAUGAUGUCCUCCACAGAAAACCGUAUCAUCGAAAUGUUAAACAAUCCAGAUUACCCAACUCGUCACCGAAUACAGUUCUUGUUUGAUUCUUCUUUCAAGAAACUCACCAUGCAAGAAAAAGAUGCACUUAUAUCCUUAAGCAUUCUUCCUGAGAGUUUCAGUACAGAAGUAGCUGCAGCCGUUUUAAGUGACACAGGGUCUAUGGAAGCCAGGAAGAUAUUAGGAAGCCUUCGAAGAAAGUCUUUCAUUGAUUCAAGCUCUAAACCGGGAUCUUUUACAAUGCACAGGCUCCUGCAAUCAUUUGCAAGAGAAAAAGGAGAAAAAGAGAUGACAUUAACGUUUCUGACCUCAAAGAGUCGUUUGAACGCGUUCUACGUUUCCCUUCUUGAGAAGCUUAAUGAACAAUUUCUUACCGGGAACUCAAUGGCAGCAUAUAUUGAAUUUUAUGAAAAUAAGAAGAUCAUCAUUGAAAGUGUAGUAAAGAGCUGUUUAGAUGCCGACAGAGCUGACAGCGUUUAUGAUGUACUGGUGAAAGGAGAGAUAUUUCUUGCCUCGCUCUUUUUCAAUGAAGCAAAAAACUUUAUUCACAUAUACGACACAGCCAUAAAGGCAGCCAAACAGCAAAAGGAAGGCACAUACUACAGACAACUACUUUCCUCCAGAGCUUUCGUUGAGGUGACCUGGGGACUGAAAGGAAAAACGAGACACCUUCUCUCAAAAGUGAACGACCUUCAAGCUGCAGCUUCCUUUGUUCCUAACCUGGAAAAGGGAAAAUACUUCUGCUAUAUGGGAAUCUAUCACUUUAUUACAGAUAAAACGAAGAAUGGAGUGUGGUUCUUAAAAGAGGCGCUAUUAUCACUUGAAAAUUGUAAAGACGCAGAAAAACGAAUUCUGGAGAUGGUUAUUUUUCAGAUACUUGCUGUUUAUUAUCAGUCCCUUAACGACCUCUCCAGUGCAAGUGCCUUUUGUGACAAAGCACUCCACCAAUGUAGCGUAAUGAGGGAUUUGCAACUGCUUAUUAUACCGUCAAUGAAAAACGAAAGUAAAGAAUCUAUCAGUGAAGUAAAACUUCAACAACACUCGGACAUCUUGCUUAGUCAACCACUGAAAUGUGAAAUUACCUUUCUAUUAAGCGAAGCAACAAAGACUUUUGCCGAUGCUGACACCAAGCAAUGUUUAAGCAAUUCGCUUCUCCAAAUCAUAGAGAAUAUCGAAAGAGAGGCUCAAAUUAGUCUCGGAUUGCUCACUUUUCAGAACGUUGCGACACAGUUAUUGUGGCUUUCAAGUAGUGAAGACCCUCAAACACUCUACACGUCCGGAAUAAAAUACUAUCAAACAGCCCUGACGCAAUACAAAGAAAGUUCCCCAAACAAAGACGAUAUUAACGAUGUUACUCAUUUACAAAAUGAAGCACAUGCAAGGGGUUUGUUAGGCUUAGGUAGAGUUUUCAUAAACAGAAAAAGCUAUCCAGAAGCACUUAAAGCAAACCAGCAAGCACUCGAGAUAUCACUAAGACUUUUAGGAGAAGAACAAGAAAGCAGUGCUGCAAGCUUUUGGCAAAUCGGUUUCACCCAACACGAAAUGCGCGACUACAGCUCAGCUCUUCAAUCUCAUCAACGUGCACUGGCUAUCCGCACUAAACAGUUUGGAGAAGAACAUGAAAGCACUGCUGACAGCUACGUCAGCGUCGGUUUAACACAACACGAAAUGCAAGACUACACUUCAGCUCUCCAAUCUUAUCAGCGUGCUUUGGCUAUUCUUAUUAAUGUGUUUGGAAAAGAACAUGAAAACACUGCUGACUGCUACUUUAACCUCGGUGCAACACAAUACGCAAUGCAUGACUACACCUCAGCUCUGAAAUCUCAUCAGCGUGCAUUGGCUAUCCGUAUUAAAGUGUGUGGAGAAGAACAUGAAAAAACUGCUGACACCUACAGGGAACUCGGUGUAACACAAUACGCAAUGCAUGACUACACCUCAGCUCUCCAAUCUCAUCAGCGUUCAUUGGCUAUCCGUAUUAAAGUGUUUGGAGCAGAACAUGAAAGAACUGCUGACAGCUACAAGGAACUCGGAGUAACACAAUACGCAAUGCAUGACUACACCUCAGCUCUCCAAUCGUAUCAGCGUGCAUUGGCUACCCGUAUUACAGUGUUUGGAGAAGAACAUGAAAGAACUGCUGACAGCUACAUGCAACUCGGUAUCACACAAUACUCAAUGCAUCACUAAACCUCAGCUCUCCAAUCUCAUCAGCGUGCAUUGGCUAUCCGUUUUAAAAUGUUUGGAGAAAAACAUAAAAGAACUGCUGACAGCUACAAGGAACUCGGUGUAACACAAUACGCAAUGUAUGACUACACCUCAGCUCUCCAAUCUCAUCAGAGUGCAUUGGCUAUCCGUAUUAACGUGUUUGGAGUAGAACAUGAAAGAACUGCUGAUAGCUACAGGGAACUCGGUGUAACACACUACGCAAUGCAUGACUACACCUCAGCUCUCCAAUCUCAUCAGCGUGCAUUGGCUAUCUGUGUUAACGUGUUUGGAGCAGAACAUGAAAGAACUGCUGACAGCUACACGGAACUUGGUGUAACACAAUACGCAAUGCAUGACUACACCUCAGCUCUCCAAUCUGAUCAGCGUGCAUUGGCUAUCCGUAUUAAAGUGUUUGGAGCAGAACAUGAAAAAACUGCUGACAGCUACUCGGAACUUGGUGUAAUACAAUACGCAAUGAAUGACUACACCUCAGGUCUCCAAUCUUAUCAGCGUGCAUUGGCUAUCCGUAUUAAAGUUUUUGGAGCAGAACAUGAAAAAACUGCUGACACCUAUAGGGAACUCGGUGUGACACAAUACGCAAUGCAUGACUACACCUCAGCUCUCCAAUCUCAUCAGCGUGCAUUGGCUAUCCGUAUUAAACUGUUUGGAGCAGAACAUGAAAGAACUGCUGACAGCUACAAGCAACUCGGUGUAACACAACACGAAAUGCAUGACUACACCUCAGCUCUCCAAUCUCAUCAGCGUGCAUUGGCUAUCCGUAUCAAAGUGUUUGGAGCAGAACAUGAAAGCACUGCGGACAGCUACUUCAACCUCGGUGUAACACAACAUCAAAUGCAUGACUACACCUCAGCUCUCCAAUCUCAACAGCGUGCAUUGGCUAUCCGUAUUACAGUGUUUGGAGAAGAACAUGAAAGAACUGCUGACAGCUACAUGCAACUCGGUGUAACACAACACGAAAUGCAUGACUACACCUCAGCUCUCCAAUCUCAUCAGUGUGCAAUUGCUAUCCAUACUAAAGUGUUUGGAGAAGAACAUGAAAGAACUGCUGACAGCUACAGGCAACUCGGUGUAACACACUGCGCAAUGGACGACUACACCUCAGCUCUCCAAUCUCAUCAGUGUGCAAUUGCUAUCCAUACUAAAGUGUUUGGAGAAGAACAUGAAAGAACUGCUGACAGCUACACGCAACUCGGUGUAACACAAUACGCAAUGGACGACUACACCUCAGCUCUCCAAUCUCAUCAGCGUGCAUUGGCUAUCCGUAUUAAAGUGUUUGGAGAAGAACAUGAAAGAACUGCUGACAGCUACAGGCAACUCGGUGUAACACACUGCGCAAUGGACGACUACACCUCAGCUCUCCAAUCUCAUCAGUGUGCAAUUGCUAUCCAUACUAAAGUGUUUGGAGAAGAACAUGAAAGAACUGCUGACAGCUACAGGGAACUCGGUGUAACACAAUACGCAAUGCAUCACUACACCUCAGCUCUCCAAUCUCAUCAGCGUGCAUUGGCUAUCCGUAUUAAAGUGUUUGGAGAAGAACAUGAAAUUACUGCUGACAGCCACAGGGAACUCGGUGUAACACAGUACGCAAUGCAUGACUACACCUCAGCUCUCCAAUCUCAUCAGCGUGCAUUGGCUUUCCGUAUUAAAGUUUUUGGAGCAGAUCAUGAAAGCACUGCUGACUUCUACUUUAACGUAGGUACAACAAAAUACAAAAUUCGUGACUACACCUCAGCUCUCCAAUCUCAUCAGCGUGCAUUGGCUAUCCGUAUUAAAGUGUUUGGAGAAGAACAUGAAAGAACUGCUGACAGCUACAGGGAACUCGGUGUAACACAAUACGUAAUGCAUGACUACGCCUCAGCUCUUCAAUCUCAUCAGCGUGCAUUGGCUAUCCGUAUUAAACUGCUCGGAGAAGAAUAUGAAAGUACGGCUGACAGCUACUUUAACCUCGCUGUAACACAACACCAAAUGCAUGACUACGCCUUAGCUCUCGAAUCUCAUCAGCGUGCAUUGGCUAUCUGUAUUAAACUGUUUGGAGAAGAACAUGAAAGAACUGCUGACAGCUACACGCAACUCGGUGUAACACAAUGCGCGAUGGACGACUACACCUCAGCUCUCCAAUCUCAUCAGCGUGCAUUGGCUAUCCGUAUAAAAGUUUGUGGAGAAGAACAUGAAAGAAUUGCUGACAGCUACAGGGAACUCGGUGUAACACAAUACACAAUGCAUGACUACGCCUCAGCUCUCCAAUCUCAUCAGCGUGCAUUGGCUAUCUGUGUUAAAGUGUUUGGAGAAGAACAUGAAAGAACUGCUGACAGCUACAGGGAACUCGGUGUAACACAAUACGUAAUGCAUGACUACACCUCAGCUCUGCAAUCUCAUCAGCGUGCAUUGGCUAUCCGUAUCAAAGUGUUUGGAGCAGAACAUGAAUGCACUGCGGACAGCUACUUCAACCUCGGUGUAACACAACAUCAAAUGCAGGACUACACUUCAGCUCUUCAAUCUCAUCAGCGUGCACUUGCUAUCCGGAUUACAGUGUUUGGAGAAGAACAUAAAAGAACUGCUGACAGCUACAGGCAACUUGGUGUA